AUGUCGUUGACACUCAAGACCGCCAUCAAAGGCUCCCGCGAUGCUACCGCCGUCAUCAUCCCCUCCAAGCCCGCGCCCCUGACCGUCACUUACAGUGGGAUCAACGCCGAGAUCGCAAAGUUCCAGGCCAAGCUCGCAGACCUCGGCAUCAAGACCGGAGCGCCCGUCUCGAUCGCCCUCGUCAACUCUUACGAGUUCAUCGUCUCCUUCCUGGCUACGUCGUGGCAGCGCGCCAUUGCUGCGCCGCUGAACCCUGGGUACAAGCAGGACGAAUUUGAGUUCUACAUUGACGAUGUCAAGUCGGCUCUGGUCUUGGUUCCCAAGGGCGCCGUCGCCCAGAACACCCCUGCUGUCAGGGCAGCGAGGCGGUUCAAGGCGGCCAUUGCUGAGUGCUACUGGGAUGCCGCCAAGGGAGAGGUUGCGCUAGAUGUGAAGGAUCAAGGACAGCUCAGGGGUAGACAGCCUGUUCAGGAGCCGCAGCCUGAUGACGUUGCUCUCGUUUUGCACACAAGUGGAACAACCUCGAGGCCGAAAGUCGUCCCCCUUACCCAUCGCAACUUAACCCGAACCAUGAAGAACAUCCAGCAAACUUACCAGCUCACCUCGGCCGACCGUACCAUGCUGGUGAUGCCUCUAUUCCACGUCCACGGACUUCUUUGCGGUCUCCUGGCUCCCUUCUACUCGGGCGGAUCGAUGGUUGUGCCCACCAAGUUCUCUGCCUCUGAGUUCUGGACGGAUUUCAUCGCCCACAAGGCGAACUGGUACACCGCCGUGCCGACCAUUCACCAAAUCCUCCUCAAGAACCCCACGCCCAGCCCUAGGCCGAACAUUCGAUUCAUCCGAUCGUGCUCCUCCCCUCUGGCUCCUACAGUGCUCGCGCAGCUCGAGAAGGCGUAUGGCGCACCAGUGCUCGAGGCUUAUGCUAUGACCGAAGCCGCGCAUCAGAUGACGUCCAACCCUCUUCCACCUGCCAAGAGAAAGCCCGGCAGCGUCGGCAUCGGACAGGGAGUCGAAGUCAGGAUUCUCGACGACGCCGGUGACGAGGUGCCUCAGGGCAAGGAGGGCGAAAUUUGCAUCAGGGGAGAGAACGUGACCAAGGGCUACCUCAACAACGAGGCCGCCAACAAGUCGUCGUUCACCAAGGGUGGAUUCUUCCGCACGGGUGACCAGGGACUCAAGGAUGCUGAUGGCUAUAUCAUCAUCACCGGUCGCAUCAAGGAGCUGAUCAACAAGGGAGGCGAGAAGAUUAGCCCCAUUGAGCUCGACAACGUCCUUACGCAGCACCCUGCUGUGUCUGAGGCUGUCAGCUUUGCCAUUCCGGACGAGUUGUACGGACAGGAGAUCGGUGUUGCAGUUGUCCUGAAGCCCGACCAGAACCUCAAGGCUGAUGAGCUAAAGAGCUGGGUCUCGCAGAAGUUGGCCAAGUUCAAGACCCCCAAGAAGAUCUACUUCACGGAGACGAUGCCCAAGACUGCGACCGGAAAGAUUCAGCGAAGAAUUGUUGCCGAGACGAUGCAGAAGCAGGACAAGGCCAAGCUCUAA